AUGGCAUACGUGAACCCGAAACGAGCCGUGAAUGGUAUGACACGUGGGAAGCAAUUGGCGGACACUUUGGGCGACGAGGAAGACGUGGACGACAUGACAUUCCUCCGCCAUCCACGACAGGGCUCUUCGGGCUAUCUGUUGGCCAACACCGACACCACUGCCGACACGAACACCGAGUGGGAGGACAGACGUCGACAGCUGUUGGCUGAGCGGCGGGCCAUCGAAGAGCGAACUCUGGAGAGCUCUAAAGUGUCGUUGGGUUUGGUGUACGAGACGGAGAAGACGGGCGUCGAGACGGCCGAAGAGUUGGUCCGUCAGAGGGAAACGUUGAACAGCGUUGAGGAGAAGUUGGACGGAAUGAAUGCCGUUAUGAGAGUAUCGCAGAAACACUUGACUUCAAUGAAGAGUAUUUUUGGCGGUUUUAAGAACUACUUCUCGAAGACGAACGACACGAACGCCACCGUCGGUCAGAAGAACCAAACGAAUGGCAUCGGGAGUCGACCCGCAGUCCAAUCGGACAGCAGUUUGAGUAAUACUAUCGAUAGUAUGCGAAGUGAGGCGACGGCUAACAGCGCUCGCAAUCAUCCGUUUCUCACUCAAAGAGGUAUCGAAACGGAAGACAACGGCGAGUCUCGACACGAGACCAGCCGUUCGUCGCGAACCAAUCAAAUCAAUCAAAAAUUGGACGAAAAUCUGUCGGAAAUUGAUUUAGGAAUCGGAAGACUGAAGAACUUAGCGCUGGGUUUGGGCUCUGAGAUCGAGGAACAGAACUCAACUCUGGAUCGCAUCACUGGUAAAGCAGAGAGAGCUGAAGACACUCUUCAACACCAAAACAGACAAAUGAAGAGAAUUCUCAAAAAUUAA